AAAUUUCAUUGAAGUUAUGGUUGAGAACGCGGUCAUCAACCGAAAGGAGGCCCACAGGAAAGAUUCCGGUAACUAUUCACCAUGCGAAACCUAGGAAGAGAAGUCUUCGCACAUCCAAGCCCUAUCGAGUUUACCGUGACACGAUGAUGCUGGGAAACCGCCAAUGCAGUGGUGCAAGUUCCUCCAUAAUGAUGUUAUCAAAUCUGGAUAUUGGGUUGCCGAUGAGUGGGCUGAAGUAGAUGAUCACUGGGUGUCAGCGCAAGAUGACGGGUGCAGAGCUCCGCCGAGGCAUUCUAGUCUUGAGACUCGAGAAUAUCUUGCAUUUGUCGUCCUUGUUUAUAAAGAAAAUGCUUCAAAGUGACACUCCACCAUGCAUUUUGACAAUUUGGAAUUAGUAUGGGAAUUGAUCCAACAAUCCACAAAUUGCAAAGUUAUC